AUGCCACCCUCACACACCCGGGGCCAAGGCCAUUCAUCCGUGCCCAGUCCAAGGCCGGCCGUCCGCCGUCCGCCGCAAGUCACAGCCCCCGGCCUGAAGAAGGUCCGAACCACUGAUCUCGACACGGGGAGGCCGAGCCAGAGCACGACAGGACGGACACGAGGCGAGGCGAGCAGGGCUGAACGGAGCCGCUGGCCUUAG